GCACUACACCCAAUCAGCCAUCCGUCUACUGCUUCUAAAAUACAGCGUGUCUUAAAUUUUCUCUUUUUUCUUUCUUUUUUUUCAAAAAGAUUUAAACACAAUUAGAUAAAGAAAAUAAAUAAAUAAAUAAAAGAGAAUCCAUCAGCGUCAAGCCCAAGCUUUUCCUCUCUGUGUGCUGUGCUGUGCUGCUCUGCUACUCCAACAUCAAAUCACAGUCGUCCUUCUCUGGAUGAUUGAUUAAAUUGUUUUUGUUUAAACAAAAAAAGAUUUCAAAUUAAAUUUUAAAUUGAAAAAAAAGAAAGAAAAGAAAUGGAGUUGCAAACGAAAGUAGCACAAGCAGUUCAUGUACUGAAUCACGACACUGAAUCAUGUAAUCGCGUGGCUGCUAAUCAAUGGCUAGUUCAGUUCCAGCAAACUGAUGCUGCUUGGCAAGUGGCUACUUCUAUUCUCACUUCCGAUCACUUACAGUUACAUCAUCAGCCUUUCUUUUCUGAUUUUGAAGUUGAAUUCUUUGCUGCUCAGAUUCUCAGACGAAAGAUCCAGAGCGAAGGAUAUCAUUUGCAUAUAGGAGCUAAGGAUGCUUUAUUAAAUGCUCUUCUUGUGGCUGCCAAAAGAUUUAGUUCUGGUCCUCUCCAGCUAUUGACACAAAUCUGCCUUGCACUUUCUGCCCUUGUACUUCGUGCUGUUGAGCAUGGAAAACCUAUUGAACAGCUUUUCUACAGCCUUCAGACUCUGCAGAACCAGGAAGAUGGUAAUGUUGCUGUUUUAGAGAUGCUCACUGUUCUUCCAGAAGAAGUUGUUGACACUCAAAAUUCUGAUAGUAGUAUCAGUCAAGCCCAUAGAAGCCAGUAUGGCAAAGAGCUUCUCUCACAUACUCCUACGGUGCUCGAGUUCCUGCUGGGACAAUCUCAGAAAACAUAUGAUGGUGGUAUUCAAUUGCAUGAAAGGAAUAGAAAAGUUCUUCGUUGCUUACUCAGUUGGGUUCGAGCGGGGUGCUUUUCAGAAAUUCCCCAAGGCUCACUACCAACACAUCCACUUCUUAACUUUGUAUUCAACUCUUUGCAGGUUUCCUCUUCUUUUGAUUUGGCAAUUGAAGUGCUUGUUGAACUUGCAAGUCGAUAUGAGGGGCUACCUCAGGUUUUGUUAUGUCGAGUCCAUUUCCUUAAAGAGGUACUCCUUCUUCCAGCUCUCAGUAAUAGAGAUGAGAAAGUAAUCAAUGGUCUUGCGUGCUUGAUGUCAGAAAUUGGGCAGGCUGCACCGUCUCUGAUUGUGGAGGCAAGUGUUGAGGCACUUGCUCUGACGGAUGCGCUAUUGAGCUGUGUGGCAUUUCCAAGUGAAGAUUGGGAAAUUGCAGACUCAACAUUGCAAUUUUGGUCUACACUUGCAAGCUAUAUACUUGGCCUUGAUGCGGAGAGUGUGAAGAAUGGGAAACAUGUGCAAGAUGUGUUUUUUUCUGUAUUUUCAGCAUUACUUGAUGCUCUUUUAAUGCGUGUUCAGGUUGACGAAUCUAUAUUUAAUGAUGCAAAUGGAAUGCUUGACCUGCCAGAUGGCCUUGUACAGUUCAGGACGAAUCUUGCGGAGCUAUUGGUGGAUAUUUGUCAGCUAUUAAGACCUGUCACAUUUGUGCAAAAGCUUUUGUUCGGUGGCUGGGCAUCUGGAAGUGUACCAGUACCCUGGAAGGAGGUGGAAGCCAAACUGUUUGUUCUUAAUGUGGUUUCUGAAGUAGUUCUCCAGGAGGGCCGGACCUUUGACUUUUCAAUGAUCAUGCAGUUGGCGACUUUGUUGUCUAGUAGCCCUUCUGAAAAGCACAAGGAGUUAAUGUGCAUUGUAUACAAAUCACUUGCAGAUGUUGUUGGCUCCUAUUCGAAGUGGAUAUCUACUUGUCAAACUAAUGCUAGGCCCUUAUUAUUAUUUCUUGCUGCAGGGAUUUCAGAGCCUCAGUCCUCAAAUGCUUGUGCAACUGCCCUGCGUAAAUUUUGUGAAGAUGCUUCUGUUGUAAUUUAUGAACCCUCAAAUCUGGAAAUUCUAAUGUGGAUUGGGGAGGCUCUAGAAAAACGACCAUUACCUUUAGAAGAUGAGGAAGAAGUAGUUAGUGCGAUUAGCAUGAUUCUUGGCUCUGUUCCAAACCAAGAGCUAAGGAAUAACUUGUUGGCUAGAUUGCUAUCUCCUAGCUAUGAUGCUAUUGGAAAACUUAUUGAACAAGAUAGCAAUCGUUCUGUUCGACAAAACCCAGCUACCUAUACGCAAAUUCUAAACUCGGCAGCAAGAGGGUUGUACAGGAUAGGGACUGUAUUUGGUCAUCUUGCUACACCUCUUCCUAGUCUGCCUGGUGCAGAUGAUCCUAUAUUUGGACUACUGAGGGCUUUUUGGCCCAUGCUAGAAAAAUUAUUUAGGUCUGAACACAUGGAGAGUAGCAAUUUAUCUACUGCAGCUUGCCGAGCUCUUUCCCUUGCAAUUCAGUCCUCUGGGCAGCACUUUGUCACGCUAUUACCCAGUGUACUAGAUUGUUUGUCUACUAAUUAUCUGUCAUUUCAAAAUCAUGACUGUUAUAUCAAAACAGCUUCUGUUGUCGUUGAAGAAUUCAGUAAUAGAGAGGAGUACGGACCCUUGUUUGUGACAACUUUUGAAAGAUUUACACAAGCAGCAUCGAUUAUGGGUCUUAAUUCUUCAUAUGUAUGUGACCAAGAGCCUGAUUUAGUGGAGGCCUAUACGAAUUUUGCAUCUACAUUCAUUCGUAGCGCUCAUAAGGAAGUGCUAGCUGCAUCUGCUUCCCUUCUUGAAGUUUCCUUCCAAAAGGCAGCUAUAUGCUGUACAGCUAUGCAUCGUGGAGCAGCACUGGCAGCAAUGUCGUAUUUGUCAUGUUUUUUGGAGCUGAGCCUGGUCUCUUUGUUGGAAUCUAUGAAUUCCAUUUCUGAAGGAUCAUAUGGGGCCAUAACAAUUCAGGUUAUAUCUCAUAGUGGCGAGGGACUAGUAUCAAGUGUGGUGUAUGCUUUGCUUGGUGUUUCUGCAAUGUCACGGGUUCACAGGUGUGCAACAAUCUUGCAACAAUUGGCUGCCAUUUGCAGUUUCAGUGAGAGGACAACUUGGAAGGCUAUUCUCUGCUGGGAAUCUUUGCGUGGCUGGCUGCAUGCUGCGGUGCAGGCUCUUCCAGUUGAGUAUCUGAAGCAGGGGGAAGCUGAAACUCUUGUACCACUUUGGUUUGAUGCCCUUGUUGGUGCUGCCUCAGAUUACCUCGAUAGUAAGAGUUGCAAUGGAGGAAAAAGCAAUUAUGGGCAUAUGCAAGGGAAAGGGGGAAGAGUUUUGAAGCGUUUAAUUCGCGAAUUUGCUGAUAGUCAUCGCAACGUUCCAUCGCAAAUAUAACAAAACUUACCAUCAAAAAUAGCAAAUUCAGUCUAUAGAUUCAAGAGCUGCUGCUGUUGGUGCUGCCGCAGUUGUAAAUGGUUGGCUUGCCUUCAAGCUUAGAAAAUCCUGGGGUCAAUCUUUUGAGGCGAUGUCCCCACAUUGUAAUUACCUCUUAGCAGUCCCUAUUUAUUUUAAUUUUUCUUGUACAGGUAUCUCCCAAUCCCAAUUUUGUUAAACCUCCCAAAACAAGUGGGAGAGACACAUUAAUAACCUCAUUGAUACUUGAGAGUAUUGAUCUGCAACAACAGCGGCUAGAGAUGAUGAUAUAUAUAAGAGUAUACAUGGAAAUAAAUCCAAUAUCAUUUAUCA